AUGACGCUGGUUGAAAAAUACGCUCUCUUGCCCGAAGAAAUCGACCGGGAGAGCCUGAAAAUGGUCCAGGCCGAUCUGCCCGGGGGGAUCAAUCUGCCGCCGGAGGAGCACUAUGUGCUUUGCCGGAUAGUGAGGGCCGAAGGGGACCCGGCCAUUGCCGAGAUGGUGCGUUUUAGCCCGGGUGCCGUGGCAAGCGGUCUGGCAGCGCUAAAGGCUAAAAUAGAUGUGGUCACCGAUGUACGAAUGGUCGAAAUGGGCAUUUCCAAGGCGCUUUUGAGCCGGCAGCAAGUCGCUACUCGCUGCCUCAUUGACGUGCCUGAAGUGGCUGCCCGCGCCCAAAGGGAAAAGACCACCAGAUCCGUAGCAGCAGUCAGGGAAUUGGCGCCUCAUCUUGAAGGUGCUGUGGUUGCCAUCGGCAACGCUCCCACCGCGCUUUGGCGCUUCUGGACCUGGUAG